GCAGGCAGGGAAAGAGAAUGGAGUUCCCAAGUUGCCCCUGUUUCAUUCCCUCAGGUCAAUGGGGCUCCGUUCACGCUUCCGCUGAGCCUCAACAUGGGCGACAUCCUCCUGUACCAGGAUGGCUUCCACCUGACGCUGCAGACCCACUUUGGGCUGAUUUUCGCCUCCGACUUGGCCCACAGCCUCUUCCUGACCCUGCCCCCGAGUUACGCGGGCCGGACCUGCGGGCUCUGUGGGAGCUUCAAUGGGAGGUCUGGGGGUGCCUCUCCAGCAGAGGACCCAGGGGCUUCCUCUGCCUCUGAACGGAAGCCGGAUGAUGAUCAGUGUAAAAGCAACUGUACCCACGGCUGUCCAGUGUGUGUGGCGCAGGAACAGCUCGUGCCAGCCAAGAGCCGGUGCUGGAUCCUCCAGAACCCCCGGGGGCCCUUUUCCUCCUGUCACGUGGAGAUGGACCCAAAGCCCUUCGCCUCUGCCUGCGCCCAUGAGGUGUGCCUGUCUCCGGGCGACAGCCACGGUUUGUGCCGGGCCAUCCAGACUUAUGCUGCUGCCUGUCAGCGAGCCAAUGUCACCGUCGGCGACUGGAGGAGCCCCUCCCUCUGUGCCCCCCGAUGUCCCCCCCACAGCCACUACGAGCUCUGUGCCUGCCCUCGCCGGCGCUCCUGUCCCGGCUCGGAGCUGCAGUGCGGGCUCCUGUGUGCGGAGGGCUGCGUCUGUGACGACGGAUCCUUGCCCCGGGGACCCGGCUGCGUCCCAGCCCCGGAACCUGGCUGUGGCCACCAAGGUCGGCAUUGCCUAGAGCUGAGCCCUGAGAAGGCGUCACAGCUGCUGUGGAGACCACGGAGUAGCCGCGUUUGUCUCCAGAGGAACCAUACCGGCUAGAUCCGAACCGGUCCGGCUCGAGCUCAGGAAACGGGGAGGCGGCGGCGGCAUUCAACCAGCCGCAAACCUCUCCCUCGAUCGGGCCCAGUCAUUAUGAAAGCGCGACCACAAGCAUCUUCCUGAGCCAGACAUCUGGCUCGGGGACUGAGGAGGAGCUGUGGAGCACAGCGUGCUUUUAGCUUCCCACGUCUUGGGGGUGGAGGUAGGGGUGGGAAACAACAUCGGGCUCUCCCAAGCCGAGCAUGUCCUUGGCUCCCGUCCUCCCCCCUCCGCUCCAAACCCAGACCAAGCUGCUGGGACUCAGCACUUUUUUCAAGGUGGGGAGGUGGGAGGGAGGGAGAGACAGGAAUCCAAGGGCCUCAGUCAUCUAUACAGCACUUCCUUUGGGGUUUCUCUCCUGUUCUUCCCCACAAGUUGUUAGAUUCAUUCAUCUGCUUAGUAGCUGCUCCCCCUUUCCCCCCACCCCCGAGUCCUGUGUCUGACCGUGUGUUGUAGGGGAGGCAACGCCAGGAUCUGGCCCGGUCCCUGCUCAGGGGGAAUUUGUUGCCCAUUUGGGGAAAUAAAAACGCAUGCAAUGA